AAAGGGGGGGCCGGCGAGAGGAAGUGGCGGCAGCGGCCGGGGGAGGCUAGAGCUGUGUCUGCGCGGGCGGCAAGCAACGGCUGAAGCGGCGGCGGCGGUAGCGUGGUUUGGGCUCAAGCAGACGGCCGCACCUCAGACUCCCUGGAGCGGGAGCCCACGCGGGCGGGCUCCUGAAACAAAGAGCAGCGGGAGUCCAGACGCCGCGGGUGGGCGGUCAGCCGGUCAGCACCGAGCCCGCCAGCGGCUGCCCGCGCUAGCCCGGAGCGCGGCCGCUCGGCGCGGCCUGAGGGCGGGAAGAUGCCGCGCGUCGUCCCCGACCAGAGAAGCAAGUUCGAGAACGAGGAGUUCUUCAGGAAGCUGAGCCGCGAGUGUGAGAUUAAGUACACGGGCUUCAGGGACCGGCCUCACGAGGAGCGCCAGACACGCUUCCAGAACGCCUGCCGCGACGGCCGCUCGGAGAUCGCUUUUGUGGCCACAGGAACCAAUCUGUCUCUCCAGUUUUUUCCGGCCAGCUGGCAGGGAGAACAGCGACAAACACCUAGCCGGGAAUAUGUCGACCUAGAAAGAGAAGCAGGCAAGGUGUACUUGAAGGCUCCCAUGAUUCUGAAUGGUGUAUGUGUUAUCUGGAAGGGCUGGAUUGAUCUCCACAGAUUGGAUGGUAUGGGUUGCCUGGAGUUUGAUGAGGAGCGAGCCCAGCAGGAAGAUGCAUUAGCACAACAGGCCUUCGAAGAGGCUCGAAGAAGAACUCGUGAAUUUGAGGAUAGAGACAGGUCUCACCGGGAGGAAAUGGAGGUGAGAGUUUCACAGCUGCUGGCAGUAACUGGCAAGAAGACAACAAGACCCUAGUCCUGGUUCCAACUUAGGUGGUGGUGACGAUCUCAAGCUUCGUUAAGACUAGCACAGCACCCGUGCCACCCAUUCCUACGUACACACUGCUUCUAGUUGGUAUCAGCAACACAUUGGGUGACCAGAAACUGUGAUAACUGGAGGUACUGCAGUCAAUUUCGUGACCUGAGGCAGUAAAAGACAUCGUCAGCUGCCAUGGUUUUGCACUAUAAUAUCUGCAUUUCUGGUUUUUAAAACAUGUAGCCAGUAAUAAUUUGAAAUUUUUUUCUAUGCAAGCUUAUCUUGUUGGCAUUAUUUUGGUUGGGUUGAAAGUAUCUUCUUUCUCCGUUUUAAUUUAAAAGUUCAUGUCAUUUAAGAACAAGAUAAGAAAUUGAAAUUUGUAUCAGGGUUUUCUUCAGCAGUUGCUUAAAAUUAUUUUAUACUUUCAGAUGAGUUGGUCAUACAGUCUUCCUUCUAGAUAAGCAUUCUUUGUGUUUGUUUUCUCCAUAUUACUUUGUUUUUUUGUAUUCUACACCAUUUUACAAAUAAGAUGUGUUUGCGUUUUCUUACAAGCUAAACACCUAGCAGCAUAGAGCUGUCUGCCACCGCCUCCUAAAACAAACGUUUACAGUUGUGAAAGUCACAGUAUCCUUUUAAAUACUAGUACUCACUUCUUUUUUUUUUUUUUUGCCCUUUUAAACAUAAAAAUUUUAAAUUAGUAUUCAUCUUUAUUUGUCUCAGAUCUGUUUCAAGUUCUCUUCUAUAAUCAUGAGUUUGGGUAGAGGUGUUCUCCAUAGGUGAUAAUGUUCUACAGAAAUGCCCAAAGAAGUCACAGGCUGGCUUCUGUUUUAUUCAGGGAUUUUAUUUUUAAGUCAAUCAGAAAAGGGAUACUGGAACUUAUUCUAUGUAACAGCAUAUUAAACUGGAGGCAGUGAUGAAUCAUCAGUACAAAGGUAAAUUGUAUUAACAUCAUGUUUAAGAUAGCUGCUUUCAUGUGUAUUUUGUAUUGCAUGCUUUUGUAGAAACAAUAUUGGGUGAUGAAGAUUAGUCUUAGAAAAUGUUCAUCUGUGCAGGAGAUACAUUUUCUUCCAUUAAUUCUGGGCGAAACAUUCACAGUUAUAUAUGAUGGUAUUUUGCAAAAGGACUAUUAAUAGUGCAUUUUGAGAUGAAUCAGUGUGACAAUAUUUUUAAAAUAGGCUUAGUGUCAAAUUGCAAUUUUUUUAAAUAUAAAACUGGAAAAAAGUGCUAAGUCAUUUGGCACAUGCUUACAGAUACUUUUCUUGGUCAUAUUCAUUAAAUGUUACUACAUUUCUGAAUUUUUGCAAAAAUGUAUUUUAUCAUAAAAUGGCAUUAUUUUAGAGAAUUUUAAAAACUGACAUGGUCAAUUCAGAAAAAUCU